AGAAGCCACUCUGGCACCGCAGCCGCCUCCUCCUCACCAUGGCGCCCGCGCGCGCCCUACCCCGGCUGCUGAGCGCGGGUGUCUGGCCCAGGUCGCUGUGUUUACGUGUCCUCAAGGCGGCGACCCCCAGCCCGGCCCGAACGAACAGCAGGACGCUGGGAAGCGCCGCGGCCCCCGCCCCGAGCGAGUCAGAGGAUAGCGGCGAUCUCCAAGUCAGGGUCCUCAGCGAGCCGCUGAAGCACUCCGACUUCUUCAACGUCAAGGAGCUGUUUUCCGUGAGGAGCCUCUUCGAUGCGCGGGUGCACCUGGGACACAAAGCCGGCUGUCGGCACAGGUUCAUGGAGCCCUACAUCUUUGGGAGCCGCCUGGACCAAGACAUCAUCGACCUGGAACAGACCGCCACGCAUUUGCAGCUGGCCUUGAACUUCACGGCCCACGUGGCCUAUCGCAAGGGCAUCAUCUUGUUCGUGAGCCGCAAUCGGCAGUUCUCGCACCUGAUCGAGAACACGGCCCGGGACUGCGGCGAGUACGCCCACACCCGCUACUUCAAGGGCGGGCUGCUGACCAACGCGCCGCUCCUGCUGGGCCCCGGGGUGCGCCUGCCGGACCUCAUCAUCUUCCUGAGCACGCUCAACAACGUCUUCGAGCCCCACGUGGCCGUGAGGGACGCAGCCAAGAUGAACAUCCCCACAGUGGGCAUCGUGGACACCAACUGCAACCCCUGCCUCAUCACCUACCCGGUUCCCGGCAACGAUGACUCGCCCCCGUCCGUCCAGCUCUUCUGCCGGCUCUUCCGGACCACCAUCACCCGGGCCAAGGCGAAGCGCCAGCAGGUCGAGGCCUUGUAUCGGCUGCAGGGCCAGGAGGGCGCUGAGGGCCGGGCCCCUGCAGACCCUUCUACCCCAGGGACGUAGGCUGUCCCCCCGACUUGUCUGCCCUCCCAAAUAAAAACAGCAGCCACGCCCGUACCUGGCUGCGGCCUUUAGUGCG